AUGGGCGAGGACCCUUCAACAGCCCAAGAAAUUGAGCUACCCGCCUCCCUAGACGAGCAAGGUCUCCAACACUUGGUAGCGUCGCAUUUUGCAAUUGUUGACCCUAAUGGAAUCGCUUUUGUCACCGACUCUGAGGCUUUGCCAACGGUCGCUGAUGUUCUCGCUGCUGAUGACAUUUCCAUCACCAUCGAUGGCAAGGCUGUCCGUGAGAUUCCAGGCCCCAAUGGUCUGCCUUUUGUAGGUAACUAUUUCGAGGUCUAUCCCGACCAUCUCGGCAACCACCAACGUCUGUUUGAGAAAUAUGGUCCUCUCUUCAAGACAACAAACAUGGGCAACACUAUCUACCACACAAACGAUCCCAAGUUGGCCACCAUUGUUUUCUCAGAGACGGACUUCUUCUCCAAGCGAAUUAUUGAAGGCCACCCUUUAUUCCCCAUCAAGAACAAGGAGGCUGGUGUCUUCCUUGGUGAUACUAAUACUGAAGAGUGGAAGGAGGUGCACAAGUUUUUGCCCCCUGCUCUCGGUCCCAAGGCUGUGCGACAUUACGCACCCACCAUGCAACGAACUGUUGAGGAUGCCUUCAAGGUCUUUGAUGAACUUGAUGAGCGUGAUGAGGCCUGGAACGUGUACCCUUAUAUGUUGAAGCUCGGAGCCCAGGCUGUUGGAAAGCUCGUCCUUGGAAUGGAUUUCCAGCACUUUUCUUCUCCUGAUGCCCGACCUCAUGCCAUGGUCCUGAGAAUUGCGCAAUCUCUUGAACUCAACAAGAAGCUCACAUCCAUGCCCAGCUGGUACAAGAGCCUUCCCUUUGGCGACCCUCAGCGUAUGCGAGAGGCUCGUUCUCACAUGGAGGCCAUGAUGACAGCGUCUGUCGCCGCCGCUGCCAAGGGUGAAGGAGACUUGGAACUCCAGGAUGCCGCUGUUGAGGCCGAGAACAUGGUCGACUAUGUCCUCCGUGCUAGUGACAGCAAGGGCAACAAGCUUCCCCGAGAGCGCAUCAUGGAGCCACUUGUCGUUGCCACUGGUGCAGGUUUCACCACAACCAGUUCUCUUCUAUCGUGGCUUUUGUAUGGUCUUGUUGCCUACCCCGGCAUGCAAGAGAGACUUUUGCAAGAGUUGGUUGAUAAUGGCUUUGAAGAAGAUACCCAGAUCACCGCUGAUCUAACCAACAAGCUCACAUUCCUCGACAAGUACAUCAAGGAGACACAACGCCGCCACAACCCCUCCUACCAACCCGCUAGAACAUCAGCUGUUGACAUGAUUCUUCCUGGUGGCUACAAGCUGCCCAAGGACUCCAUCGUCAUCCCCGCCCUCCACCACAUUCACAACAACACCAAGAUCUGGGACAACCCUGCUCUAUUCGACCCGGACCGCUGGGACACUGACCGUGUGAAGAACCGUCCCAAGGAUUCUUAUAUCCCCUUUGCGACCGGACCUCGCAUGUGUGUUGGCUUCAACUUUGCUCUGCAGGAGGUCAAGGUCUUCUUGCCCAAGCUUGUAUACCGAUACAAGUUCAGUCUGGCUCAAGAUGGACCUGUCGAGUACGAUCCUAUGUUCCAGCUGAUUAGACCGAAUAACCUGUAUGUCAGGGCUGAAAAGAGGAUAAAGUGGCCAUCAAAGAGCGAUUAA